AUGGCCCACAUUAGACCUCCAUAGCUGAUGAUCAGGCGACCAGCUCCUGGCUUUGGUUGUGUCCACGCCACCGAUACGAUCGCGUUUGUCCACCCUUUCCAAGUCCAAGGACGCUGAAUAGCUCACGCAUAAGAUAUGUUCUUGACUUCCAGACGUGUAGGCGCUCUCUAGAACUUCUAGUAGAAGGCUCGUCUGGCGCUCCACGCAACUGUUCGUGGCGAGGAGUAGAAGGUCGCUGCAUUCUCGACGGAAUGGCGUCUGCAGCCCAGCUUUGCCCGGUGGCUACCAAGUCCUUGGCCCUUACUCACGCUACGGGCUGUUCGGCGGCGCCGUCUGUGAACACAAAACAAGCGCUUAUUCCCCGGAGUCUUGACGGAACCGUUUGCCGGGCGGGAGGCAAUGCAUUGAGAUUGUUGGCGGCCAAAGAAAGCUCUGGGAGAAGGUCUCAACCUGCUCAGUCUUUGACCCCUGUUUGUGAGUCCUUUCAGAGCGCAGCGGAGGAAGUCUCCUCCGUGAGCAGGAGGAGCUUGCUGUCUGCCAGCGCCGGUCUUGCUCUUUCCCUCUCUGCAUUGGGUGCCUCAAGCCCUGCCACAGCCGCUGAUAUUGAUCUGGAAGAAUGGGAGAAAGUGGAGCUCCCGCUGGAGCCGGGCGUCGUGUUGCUUGACGUAGCAUUCGUGCCAAAUGACCCGAAGCACGGAUUCCUCCUGGGAACCAGGCAAACUCUCUUGGAGACUAAGGAUGGCGGCAAGACAUGGGUGCCCCGGUCAAUUGCCGCUGCAGAAGAAGAGGACUUCAACUACCGGUUCAACUCCAUCAGCUUCAACGGGGAGGAUGGCUGGAUUGUCGGGAAGCCUGCAAUCCUCCUGAAGACCACAAAUGGAGGGACUAGCUGGGAGCGCGUGCCGCUCAGUGCGAGGCUGCCAGGGAACCCGGUGCUCAUCACGGCCACUGGCAAGGACAGUGCCGAGAUGAUCACAGACGAGGGCGCCAUCUACGUUACCUCCAACGGUGCUUACACAUGGAAGGCUGCUGUAGAGGAGACAGUUUCGGCAACUUUGAACAGAACGGUCUCCAGCGGCAUCAGCGGAGCCAGUUUUUACACUGGCACCUUCUCCAGCGUGAACAGGGCUCCGAACGGCUCCUAUGUUGCCGUUUCUAGCAGAGGCAACUUCUUCAUGACCUGGGAGCCUGGUCAGUCGUACUGGGUGCCGCACAACCGCAACAAUGCGCGCCGUAUCCAGAACAUGGGGUGGAGAGCUGACGGAGGCCUUUGGCUGCUCACGCGUGGUGGAGGCCUCUUCUUCAGUGAAGGGACAGGAGUCACCGAGAGCUUUGUGGAGGCUAAGAUCGCAGCCAGAGGCUUUGGGGUGUUGGAUGUCGGCUAUCGGAACCAGAAUGAGGCUUGGGCCGCUGGAGGCAGUGGCAUCCUGCUGAAGACCACCGAUGGCGGGAAGAACUGGGCCCGCGACAAGCUCGCAGAUAAUAUCGCGGCCAACCUUUAUGCCGUACGGUUCGUCAACGAUAAGCAAGGCUUCGUACUAGGGAACGAUAAAGUACUCCUGAGGUACAGAGGCCUUGCGGCCUGAUCGUCUUGCGCUGAUCUGCUAUUUGCAGAGCUCGAUUUUGUUUCUGUCAGUAACCAAGCCUCCUAUUGCUAAGAUAACAAUCAGAUUCUCCAUCUUGCACAGAGUUUGAAGUGCAACUGUAAACGCGGCUAACUGCUGGCUGCUUCAGCGGUUGAGAGGCUUUAGACUUAUUAUGGGCUGAAGCGAGUUCUACCUUGUAUGAAACUUGAGAGAGUCUUCUCACGACCGGCAUGCAUAGCCAUCGUGACGUGUUUCCGAGUCCCAAGGGUCGGCUGGGGCCCACCCUCGGAUCGAUCAAUUUGGCGGCAGAAUACUACUGCAUAGGGUGAUUCAUUCCACAUCGGACUAAUCUCUCGACAUUUUUAAUACAGGCUAGUGCCAUCUUGGAUGGUUCAUGUGAG